AUGAGUUUUUCGGACGACGAGGACUUUAACGACAUCUACGGAGACGACUCCAACGCGACGACGACGACGUCAACGACGGCUGCAACCACGACGAACGAGACGGCUGAUGCCGGAUCGAAACUCGAGGCUGCUGCCGCCACGGGCAAUGCUGGUUCUGAAACUUCGGCGCCAGUUGCGCCUGUUGACAAUUCAGGUGCUGGCGGUUCGGACGCUUCUAAAACUCAACCUAGCUCCGGCACGACAGGAUCAACAAGUCAACUUGACCAGCUUGCCGCAUUGCAGGCUUUGUCCUCAAACUUAAGCCAAUUGCAGCAAGCUGCAACCGGUUCUACACCUUCGCGAGACGAUUCCGGAGCCACAGCACCUGCUGUUGCUGCCGCUACUGCGACAGGUGGUAACAACACACCCAGUACCUCGAACUCCGCAAUGCCGGCCAUGCCAGCUAUGCCAGGAAUGCCGAAUAUGCAACAAUGGCAGCAAUUGCAGCAGCUGCAGCAGAGCAUGCCUCAAUUCAAUCAACAAAAUGCCAAUUCAGCGGCAGCAGCAGCACAAGCAGCCGCGGACCAGAGAAAAGCCGACCUUUCUAGGGAUAUUUGUAAAAUGUUUAUUGGUGGUUUGAACUGGGAAACCACUGAGGAUAACUUGAGAGAUUACUUUUCCAAAUAUGGUACAGUUACCGACUUAAAGAUCAUGAGAGACAACGCUACUGGUAGAUCAAGGGGAUUUGGAUUUUUGACCUUUGCUGACGCUUCUAGCGUCGACGAUGUUGUAAAAACACAACAUAUUCUUGACGGUAAGGUUAUUGAUCCCAAGAGAGCUAUUCCACGCGAAGAGCAAGAUAAAACAGGUAAAAUCUUUGUUGGUGGAAUUGGUCCCGAUGUUAGACCUAAAGAAUUCGAGGAAUUCUUUUCUCAAUGGGGGACAAUUAUUGACGCGCAGCUUAUGCUGGACAAAGAUACUGGUAGAUCAAGGGGAUUUGGCUUCAUUACGUAUGACACACCUGACGCUGUUGACAGGGUUUGUGAGAACAAGUUCAUUGAAUUCAAGGGUAAAAGAAUUGAGAUCAAGAGGGCUGAACCAAGGCAUUUACAGAAACAGCAACAACAGCAACAAAAAGCCCAGGCGUCUUUCAAUCCUUCUCAAUUCAACAUGUUCCAAAAUCCAAUGAUGGGUAGUUUCAAUCCAAUGUUUAACCCUCAAGCAAUGUCCGAUUACUACACGAAAAUGCAAGAAUACUAUACCCAGAUGCAGCAACAGACUGGGGUGGACUACUCUCAAAUGUACCAGCAGCAAAUGCAGCAAAUGCAACAGAUGCAGCAAAUGAUGUCUGGAAUGAUGCCUAAUAUGGGUAAUGCUAGUGGAAUGCCUGGCAUGCCCUCUCAAACUGAAACGCCAGCGAAUGACGCCUCCGGUUCCGAUGUUCCAACAAUCGGAUCCGAGGAGAAGUUUGAUGAUUCGAAAAAUGAAGAAAGUAUCUCCGAUAGAAGAGGAUCACCUCCAAGCGGGUCUGCCCGCGGCAAUAGAUUCGGUGGUGACAGCAGGGAUCGUUCUGAUCGUGGAGACCGCGACGGCAGGGAUCGCUCCGAUCGUGGUGAUCGUGACAACAGGAGGGAUCGUGGAGAUCGUGGAGACCGCGGCGACCGCGGCGAUAGAGGUGACCGAGGUGACAGAUCUGAGCGUGGUGAUCGCGGCGGAUUUAGAUCGGGAUUCCGUAACCGUGAUCGGAAUGGUUUUCGUGGAAACCGUGGGGGAUACUCCAGACGCAAUAACAACAGCUACCACCCAUACUCACGGUGA